AUGAAGGACUUCACCAAGGCCAUCUGUCACCCGGAGGCACAGAAUCAAAACCAGGAGACUGUCAUGUUGUCUUUGCCACCGAACUUGCUGAUGGAGUUCUCCAAUCCUGUGUUUGAGGAGGACGGCGAGGCGCCGGCCCAGAACCAGCUGGAGGAGGAGAAGAGCAGUGAUGCCAAACUCACCGCCAAUGGAUUUGCUCAGCAAGUGCGAGAGGCAGCCAGCAAGAAAUUCCAGCCAGACUGCAAAUUUUCCUGGCUCUGUGUGACCGUCCUAAGCCUUCUGCUGCUCCUCCUCCUGGCCUUGCUUGUAGGCAUCCUAGCAGAGCUCAAGUCCCCUCCUCCAAGUAAGCCCACUCUUGAGACUUUCCUUGGGCACAACGUCGCCAAUGCUACCUUGUCCUCGAUAUGCUUCUCUAAACGGUUGCUUCAUUCUCCACCUUCUUCUUUUGUAGUGUGUGGAGGCGAACUUGGAGGCCCCAAGGGCACCUUCAGCUCUCCCAACUAUCCCGAUCCAUACCCACCUAACGUCCUCUGCCACUGGCACAUCCAAGUGAAGAUGGGGAUGGUGAUUCAGCUGAAAAUAGAGACUCUGGAUGUGGAGGCCUCGGACUUCUGCUUCUAUGAUCGGCUGGAGAUCUACGAGGAAUCAGAUAGUCUCUCUCUUUGGGAUGGGAGUACUAGGGGCUUCACUGUUGAACUGGAUAAGAGCAAUGCAAAAAAACAGAUCCGGUACUGUGGCAAGGUAGCCCCGGCGACUAUCAACACCAACUCUAACCAGAUUAAAGUUGGUUUUGUGUCCGAUGAUAACAUUGCUCCUUCGGGGUUCACAGCCAGGUACCGGGCCAUCCUCCCCAGUGAAAAGAACUGCUCCUGGGAUGAAUUCUUGUGUGACCAGGGACUUUGCCUCCUUCCAGUCUUUGUGUGUGAUGGUCACCAGGACUGCAAGGACAAUCGAGAUGAAGCCAAUUGUAGCGCCAAGCAUACAGGUUGUGGCGGGACCUUGACCAGCCUGGAGGGACAGUUCUUCUCCCCAAACUAUCCCAAACCAUACCCACAUCUACAGAUCUGUCUCUGGCACAUCUCUGUGCCCAUGGGCCAUGUGAUCCAGCUGCAAUUCUACAACUUCAGCCUUGAGUCCCACGAAGAUUGCAAUUUCGACUUUGUGGAGGUGUAUGACAGUGCUGCCAUGGGGACCAGCAACCUCAUGGGUCGGUUCUGCAACUCCAAUAUGCCUCCUGUGUUGACUUCAUCCCAUCACGUCAUGACCGUCCUGUUCGUGGCUGAUGAGGAGAUUGGGGAUGAUGGGUUCUUUGCUAUCUACCGGGCCCACAACCUGAGUGAAACAGAGGCCUCCUGUGAACCCAUCAAGAUAGAAAUGUGCCAAGGUCUCAGCUACAAUUCCACCUCCUUCCCCAACAUCUGGCUGAUGAUCCCCCAUCAGCAGAGUGCUGAGGCACUGCUUCAAGACUACAUGGUGCUGCGGGACCUCAGGUGCUACCCUCACCUGCGCUUGCUGAUCUGCAGCCUCUUCGUCCCGAAGUGCAUCCCAGAAGGGGGCACCUUGCAGCCCUGUCGCUCUGUGUGUCUGGGGGCAGAGGAGCACUGCCGGAAGCCCCUGGCCCGCUUGGACAUCCUCUGGCCCUUGAACUGCAACAUCCUGCCUGACUCCACCAACCCUCUGGAGUGCUUCUUGCCUUGA